AGAACGAUCAUGGAAAGAAAUCACAUACCGGGAGAAGCAUCAAAUAACAUUUUCAGUCAAGAUUCCGCAUUUUUGCAACAGUAUGAAGCUGGACUCCAGAAGCAAAAUGUAAAACCAACAGCGUCGCAACAUAUAAGUCUACUGACUGGUAAAGUUGGAACGGCAUUUACUGCAGAUCAAACUGUUAUGCCAGGGAUGGCAGCCCAGACAAUAAUGCAACCUGUUGGAGGUGUAUCCAAGGUGAGACCAAAUGUUAUACAAGCCUCUCAUCCAUCUUUAGUCUCUGGAUCUCCAGGCUCAAUAGCACACUCAAUGCUGGCUCGCAAUCCUGUCCGAUUUCCAAGCGGUACCCAUCCUGUACCUGGGAGAAUCAUCACCAGGCCUAUCUUAGCUCCAAACCCUUAUAUAAGGAAAUGGAGACGACUAAAAAAGGUCAUCAAGGAUUUGAUGUUUGUGAAUGCUGCCAUCUGUGAUGAGGUCGUGAGAGUGGAAGAAAAAGUGGCAAAAGCUAAAGAAGAAAGACGGUUCCUGCUUCGUAAAGCUUUGCAUUAUCAAUCUUACACAGAGGGAACACCUGUAUCUGAGAAAUCCUCACCAGGUGGCGCUUCACUCAAAUUAAGUGGGUUGUCUCCAGGAGAGAGCAGUGAUCCACAGAGUGUGAAAGUAAAAAAUAAAACAAAAAAGAAAGUGCCUUCCACAGAACGAAAGAAAGCUGCUACAACUAAAGAGUUAUUAGAUGGUAAAAUUUCAGAUGGUGUCCAGGUGAAACCAAAGAAGAGUAAAAGCCAAAUCAUAAAGAAAGUCAUUCCUCCUCUACAACUGGACUCGACUGGACGUCCAGUUUUUCCUUUGGUCCUUGGCGAGUUGACUAUUCACAGUAUUGGCGAGAUUGUCACAGAUCGUCCAGGAUUCCAUACUCCAAAGUGUAUCUAUCCAGAAGGUUACUGUAGCACGCGAGUGUUUGCCAGUACUAGUGGAGAUGAUCAAAAGUGUCUGUACACAUGUAAGAUAUCAGACAGUGGAAAAGGACCUAUUUUUGAAAUAGCCCCAGAAGACAACACUGACCGUGUGCUUAGAAGUGAUUCUCCAUCAGACUGCCACAACCUUCUUAUCACAGCAGUUAACAAAAGCAGGGGAAACAAUAUGCUUGACUUAGUUGGAAAAGGAGCAGAGUUUUUUGGUUUGUCUCAUCCUGUUGUUCAGAAUUUAAUACAAAGCUGUCCAGGUUCCAAACGCUGCACAGGAUACAAAUGGGUCAAAUUUGAAAUCAACAAAAUGGAAACUGUGGAAAACCUGGUCACUGAUGCAACCAAUGACCCUUCAAUCAGCUUUGAGGCAUUUAAACUAUUAACUAAAGGGGCUCCUUUAGCUGGAAAGGCAACAUCUCUUCUAGAAACAUCUACCAGUCUGCGGUCAUUACUGACCAGUAAACCAAAUUUGACCGGAAGUAAAGCUGCCAGCAGUAAUGUUGGAUGAGCCCAUCAUUAUAUCUAUCGAAGUAUUGUAAACUUUAACUGACCAGUGAAAAACUUGACAAUUUUUGAUGUUGUCAUCAGUAAUGUUUGAUGAAAUCUGAGAGAAUACAUGUAUUCAGAGAAUUUUGAUGAUGACCCAUGAAGUGACCCUUGAAGGCUAAUUUGUGAAACUGCCAUCAGUUGUGUGGAAGUCUAUCAAAGUGGCUUCAACUUAAAAUGACCAUCGCCAAGUUAAAGCAAAGCUGCCAGUUGUCAUGUGUGUUGAAUCUGAUAUUAUAUAAAAAAAACUGGUAAAGUGGUAAAGAUAUACUUAGCCUAUGUAUUGCCAUCCAACUCGUGUUAAGACGUGUAUUGCAAUAUAUUUGUUGCAAUAUGAUGCCUAUCAUGUAUGCGUAGUUACAAUAUUACUAUAUCUUUACUUCAAAUGUGAAGCUUACUUAUAAAAUUUCAGUUUUAUAUAAAAAAGUUGAGUGAUUAUUAGAUCAUGAUCAUCUCUAACACAAAUAAAACUUUCAGCAGCUA